UCGUCGUCUGAAAUGUGUAACAUGUUAGAGAAGGCAAACCUCGAAAUCCGUGGCUUCCAAAAAGAAGUUGUCAGAAAGUCGUUUCAGAAGCCUGGAAGAGCCAAAUCGGAUUUUGAGACGGUGUACAAUUAUCAAAAAGUUGUUAACUGUUCUGUGGGAGCCAUUCAAAAGACGGGAGUGGAAUUGAACUCAUCUUUACCAGGUGCUUUCGGAAAAGAAAUGUCUCGCUGGGUAACAAAGGAAGUGAAAGACAGGCAUUUCGGCAGUAAUGGGAAGUGUACAAUGGGACUGGAAGUUGAUUUUAGGGGAGGCAAGGGCUGCGUUGUGAGACGCAAGAGCAAGAAUGUGAAGAAAAGGAUCCGUCGACUCGUUGGCUUCAGUAUUAGAGCAUCCAUAAGACUCAAGCUCCAGGGUGUAGUUUUCAGAGUUCCUCGUUUAAACUAUACCGGUAUCCCCUUCUUGUAACGCACAAACAAUUCAAAACCUUUUAACCGAUGGCUUG